AGAGUGACGGAGAUGGCGGCGAACGCGUGUCUACCUUCGCCGGCAGCGAUGACAGUCCGGCCAGAGGAAGGCGUUCCGAAUUCGAAAUCUACGCAGAGCCAACCUAGGCUCUAUCUCACCAAACCUUCAUGGAUAGUCAGAACUCAGUCCGGAGUUAAGGCUUGUACAAAGAGAAAGGAGAAAGACCGAUGCGUAAUUUGCCAUGGAACUGGAAGAGUCGAUUGUUUCAAUUGUCGUGGGAAAGGGAGGACUAAUUGUGUGGAUGAGGAAAUGCUUCCAAAAGGACAAUGGCCCAAAUGGUGCAAGGGCUGUGGAGGAAGUGGAUUAAGUGACUGUUCUCGCUGUCUUGGCACUGGAGAGUACAGAUACAUUAUGGGCUUCCGCUUCUUAAAACAAGACGAUGAUGUCGAUCCUCCAUAAUGAUUUUCUGAAACCUUUAAUGAUAGUUUCCUUGCCAGUUAUGGUAGAUGUUCAUUAGGCAUAAAACAUUAGUAAUGUAAAUGGUUCAUUGUUGCUCCUGACUUGUUGGGUUUGUUUGUAAUCGUCAUGGUCACAUACUCACAUUUUGUGCCUUUUGAGUCUACACAAGUCCUCUAGGAAGACAGAUGAAAAGGCAGCUAGUAUUACCUUUAUAUAUUUAUAAACACAUAUUGAAACU